GGGCGGCGGAGGGGGGCACGACAGAGGCCAUUUCUCCUCAGCUGGGCCAGAGUCCCCGCACGGCAGCACAGCCUCCCGCUCCGGGUCCCGCCGGCCAGUGCGCAGCGCGGCGCCCCCGCCCCCGCCGCCUCCUCCCCGCUCACUGCCUCCCCUUCCUCCUCCCCUCCCUCCCUGCUCCGCGCCUGCACGCACGGCCCCCGCCGCCGCCGCGAGGGGAGAGGCGGCCGCACAGCCUGGUUCCCCGCGCCCUGCUCGCCGCCGCCGCCACCACCACCACCUCCGCUCACGCGGGCACCACCAUUAACCCCCGCCCCACCGAGCGCACCCGCCUGGGCACACGCACCCCGCCGCCGGGCGCAUCCCCCCCACUCCUCCCCCGGCUCCGCCGGGUGCCCGAGCCGGGCAGAUGCGCCGCCGCGCGCCCCCCGCUCCGGGCCCGCCACCGUGCUCUGCCGUGCGCCGGGGGGCUCCUCUCCUGGGCCCCCCUAGGCGCCCUCCGGCUCCCGUUCCCGCUCGCUCCUUGGAAUAACCCCUGAGGCUCCAGCCAUCACCGCAAAGUUUCCCGAGGAGACCCGCCUCCCCGGGCCGCUGCGCAGGUGAGGAAGCAGGCGAUGAGAGGAUGAUUCCUUCUUGGACAGCCAAGACCAAGGGAUGAAGCGGGAAUAACCCAUCCUCCCCCCUUCCCAGCGAGGAAACCUCUGCAAACAGGAGCAGCCAAGCAGGACCGAGGCCCUCGCCCCCCAAGCAUCUUCCCAGAGAAGGGCAUGUGGGGGCUGACAGCUGAGCCACACGUGUCAGCAGCUGCAGCCCCGCCGUGAACAUCUGAACUCCUCAGCGGGGUCAUGGACCCCCCCUUCCCGCUGGAGACACAGCCUGAGUGGCAGGAAUACGGAGCCGUUGGAGAGCGGCUCCCUCUAAGCUGUGUCACGCAAGAACGCUCUCUGCACCGAGCCCAUUCUGCCAAGUGACUUAAAGGGAUUAAAAAAAAAAAAGCCCUGGUAAACAAAAAGGGGGUAAGAGCCACGCAGAGGCCUUUCAGAAGAGGUGGCAGCCUGCAGACAAAGGGCAGGAGUUGAAACGGGCCGUGGAAGUAGCGAGCAGCAGAGGCCACCCUCCCCGGGGCUGGGCACCAGGCCUCAGGGCAUGCCCGAGGAGCAGGGGCCCGAUACCCCUCAGGCCACCGUUGGGAGUCCUGGGGCCGAGAGGGGUGUCCCUGUACCUCCUGUGCGCAGGACCCUCACUCCGCAGGGAGAAGCCAGCUGUGCCCGAGGCCUCUAGGGUGCCAAGGAUGCUGCUGAUUGGGGCCCGCAGCCUCAUCUGAACGCCAGGAGACCGAGGCACCCAGGAGACCGAGGCACCGGAUCCCCUCUCUGUUCCCCAGGGCGCCCCAGGUCUGAGGUCUGCGCCCCUAGUGGUGCGAAGCCUGCUAGGACCACGGGGCUGGGAAUGUGAGAGCCGUCAGGGCUCCAAGACUUUGGUGGGGACCUCCGGACCAGCCACCCCAGUUGGACUCAGAGGGCUCCUGGGCUGCAUCGGCGAAGGAGGUGUUCAGGCUCCAGGCUGGGUGGGGCCAACUCUCCUAGCCAUCCACCAUGGUGGUGGCACACCCCACCGCCACCGCCACCACCACACCCGCUGCCACUGUCACGGCCACCGUCGUGAUGACCACGGCCACCAUGGACCUGCGGGACUGGCUGUUCCUCUGCUAUGGGCUCAUUGCCUUCCUGACGGAGGUCAUUGACAGCACCACCUGCCCCUCAGUGUGCCGCUGUGACAACGGCUUCAUCUACUGCAACGACCGGGGCCUCACCUCCAUCCCCUCGGACAUCCCUGAUGACGCCACCACCCUCUACCUACAGAACAACCAGAUCAACAACGCCGGCAUCCCCCAGGACCUCAAGACCAAGGUCAGCGUGCAGGUCAUCUACCUGUACGAGAACGACCUGGACGAGUUCCCCAUCAACCUGCCCCGCUCGCUCCGGGAGCUGCACCUGCAGGACAACAACGUGCGCACCAUUGCCAGGGACUCGCUGGCCCGAAUCCCGCUGCUGGAGAAGCUGCACCUGGACGACAACUCCGUGUCCACCGUCAGCAUCGAGGAGGACGCCUUCGCUGACAGCAAGCGGCUCAAGCUGCUCUUCCUGAGCCGGAACCACCUGAGCAGCAUCCCCUCGGGGCUGCCGCACACGCUGGAGGAGCUGCGGCUGGACGACAACCGCAUCUCCACCAUCCCGCUGCACGCCUUCAAGGGCCUCAACAGCCUGCGGCGCCUGGUGCUGGACGGGAAUCUAUUGGCCAACCAGCGCAUCGCCGACGACACCUUCAGCCGCCUGCAGAACCUCACGGAGCUCUCGCUGGUGCGCAACUCGCUGGCAGCGCCGCCCCUCAACCUGCCCAGUGCCCACCUGCAGAAGCUCUACCUGCAGGACAACGCCAUCAGCCACAUCCCCCACAACACGCUGGCCAAGAUGCGUGAGCUGGAGCGGCUGGACCUGUCCAACAACAACCUGACCACGCUGCCCCGCGGCCUGUUCGACGACCUGGGGAACCUGGCCCAGCUACUGCUCAGGAACAACCCCUGGUUCUGUGGCUGCAACCUCAUGUGGCUGCGGGACUGGGUGAAGGCACGGGCGGCCGUGGUCAACGUGCGGGGCCUCAUGUGCCAGGGCCCCGAGAAGGUCCGGGGCAUGGCCAUCAAGGACAUCACCAGCGAGAUGGACGAGUGCUUCGAGACGGGGUCGCAGGGCAGCGUGGCCAAUGCAGCCGCCAAGACCACGGCCAGCAACCAUGCUUCUGCCACCACUCCCCAGGGCUCCCUGUUCACCCUUAAGGCCAAAAGGCCGGGGCUUCGCCUCCCCGACUCCAACAUUGAUUACCCCAUGGCCACAGGCGAUGGGGCCAAGACCCUGGCCAUCCACGUGAAGGCCCUGACAGCAGACUCCAUCCGCAUCACGUGGAAGGCCACACUUCCCGCCUCUUCCUUCCGGCUCAGCUGGCUGCGCCUGGGCCACAGCCCGGCCGUGGGCUCCAUCACAGAGACCUUGGUGCAGGGGGACAAGACGGAGUACCUGCUCACGGCCCUGGAGCCCAAGUCCACCUACGUCAUCUGCAUGGUCACCAUGGAGACCGGCAAUGCCUACGUGGCCGAUGAGACGCCCGUGUGUGCCAAGGCAGAGACGGCCGAUAGCUAUGGCCCUACCACCACGCUCAACCAGGAGCAGAACGCUGGCCCCAUGGUGGGCCUGCCUCUGGCGGGCAUCAUCGGCGGGGCCGUGGCUCUGGUCUUCCUCUUCCUGGUCCUGGGGGCCAUCUGCUGGUACAUGCACCAGGCUGGUGAGCUGCUGACCCGGGAGAGGGCCUACAACCGAGGCAGCAGGAAAAAGGACGACUAUAUGGAGUCGGGGACCAAGAAGGACAACUCCAUCCUCGAAAUCCGCGGCCCCGGGCUGCAGAUGCUGCCCAUCAACCCAUACCGCGCCAAAGAGGAGUACGUGGUCCACACCAUCUUCCCCUCCAACGGCAGCAGCCUCUGCAAGGGGACGCAUACCAUUGGCUAUGGCACCACACGGGGCUACCGGGACGGCGGCAUCCCCGACAUAGACUACUCCUACACGUGAUCCCCGCCCGCCUGCCCGCCCGCCACCCAGGCUGCCCCACCCCAGCCCCAGCUACCCUGGCGUGGCCAUGUGGCUUUGCCCAGCCUGCUGCAAUCUGAGAGAGCAAGGAAGAGAAAUUCCAUGGGUGACUUUCCCCCCCCCAAGAAAGCAAAGCUUGACGAUUUUGUAGAACACAACAGUGACCUUUUUUUUUUUUUUCUUUUUUAAAGAAUAGAAGGCAGGAGGGGGAAUUCAACAUUGUUGAAGAUGUAAUUUAUACCGAGUUAUGCCAGUUGGGGAGGAAAGGACUAAAAAUAGUAUCGCAGAAGGGCUGGGUUGGGUUUUUUCCUGAACUGGAAGGAUACUACCUGUACCACAUCUGUGGACACCUCAUGCUCUGUUCAGGGCCAUCACAAAGGAACCGCCGGGGAGAAGCAGCCGGCUCUCAAAGCUCCCACGCAGCUCUCCCGCCGGCCACUCGCUGGUGGCGUGAUGGAAGGUUUUCAGGCUCCUCACAAAGGAGAGGGGGAAGAAAAGAUAUUCUGCCCUGGAGAUGUGGUCCUGAAAUCUCUCCCCGGCUCAUUCCAUACCAUUUCCCUUGCAGAUCUGCAGAAACAUGGCGUCUUUCACUGCAUAUUCUUCAAACAAUCAUGUAGUCGAUUAAAAAAAAAAAACAAAACUUUUUUCCUAGGCUGAAGCCCUCUUCAGUUCCAUGCACCAUGCUCUGUAGAAGCCCCGGCGGAAGCCCGUAGCUUUCCCCGCCACCUGGAGGUGCAUCUGUCUGCCCGUCUAUCCCUGCCAUGCUGUCUCUAAGUACAGAUGGGUAGAUAGAGCCACAUGCACGGUCCUUACCAUUCUUCUGGGGCCAGUUCUUACCAUUUCCUGAGACAAUAGAAUUGCGAAAGUGUUGCUUUCUCCUAGAAAUCAUUGAGUAAGUAGAUGAUGUGUUGGGGAUGGGAGUGAGGUGGGGGGAGGAGACUCGAUCUCUGGGGGCUGUCACUGUUCCUAAAGGCUGAGGCAUGUGUGUUGCAGACUGGUGGCUUAGGGAGGCGUCGUGGCAGGGAUUUCCAGUUCCAUCUCAGUUCAGCUUGGCCAGAGCUGGGCUGCUCUCCUUUCUGAUACAGAGAAAAGCUUUAUUUUAUUCCAGUGUCCUCAUCUUCCUCCCCAUCAGGUGCAAUCACCUUAACAGCUACUUUCUGUAAGCAUUUACCGUGUGCUGAAUGUUCCCUCCUAGGACGGGUAAUUAGUGCAGGGAUUUUUUUUUUUCUAUAAGCUCAUUAGACCUAUUGGUUUCCAUGGCUGCUCAAAGCCCAGAAAAAGACACAAAAAUUCUCGAAAAAGCCCUGGGUGAUGGCAACCCCUACCUGAAUGCAGAAAACUCAGCUGUGCCCGCCCCUGGGACUCUGUUUCUUGAGAGGGAGAGACCAGAUCUCUUUCUAAAAACAGGAGACUCACAAAGGGCCCUGACCGGGGCCCUCAGAAGAGUUAAGAUUUUAUUUCUUCCCUCUAGAAUCAAUGUCGCUAUCAUUCAUUUAUCAAGUGACAGUGCAGUGUGGCGAGCCAUGAGAUUAAAACGAUGAUGAAAUAAUGACAGUGAAUCGGAGAGCGGGAAGAGCAGAGCCUGGGGUUCUGACGUGCCUGCGUCCCAGUACUCGGGGAGCCCAGGUCACCAUCUGUCACCCUGUCGCUUGUUCUGCACCGAGGAAAAGCAACGUCAAAGAGGAGAUGCUGGUUGGAGGGCAGGAGGAUGAGAGGGCUGGGAGCGCCUGGCGGUGCUGUUUUCAAACAGCCUCUGCUGCCGCGAGAAAGCAAAGGCAGAAGCAGCGUCGGGCAGGGGUUACAUUAAAAGGCCCGACAGGCGCCUUCAGGGAGGAGAUGCGGCUGAAAGGAGUGGAUACAACAGCCGCUCAUGGAAAGUGGAAAGAGGGGCACAGGAUCCCAGCGAGACCCCGGGGGGCUGGCUCACAAAACAGGCCACUCCCCAGCCCCGGGGGACAGCCAAGCAGGGUGGGCACCUUUUACUCCCAACUAGAUGCGUUUUCCCUUUUCCUGCCUGAAUCAUUUUCUCAUACAAUGAGGUCAAGAGAGAAAUUUCUUGACUUUUAUACAGGCUUUAAUGUGAGGUCUGUAUAAAAGUCAGCCCCAGGCUGGGUUCCGUGGCUCACGCCUGUAAUCCCAGCACUUUGGGAGGCUGAGGUGGGCAGAUCUUCUGAGGUCAGGAGUUCAAGCCUGGCCAACACGGUGGAACUCCAUCUCUACUAAAAAUACAAAAAUUAGCCAGGUGCGGUGGUGGGUGCCUGUUACCCAGUUACUUGGGAGGCUAAGGCAGGAGAAUUGCUUGAACCAGGGAGGCGGAGAUUGCAGUGAGCCAAGAUGGUGCCACUGCACUCCAGCCUGGGCAACAGAGUGAGACUCCAUCUCAAAAAAGAAAAAAAAAAUGUCGGCCCUCCUUGUGGACCACAGCCCCCCACCCCAGAUGAGCAGAGGGGCCUGCCGGGGAUGUCUGGGAGGAGAGAGGGCCUGAGGUGUGCUGUGAUGGCACGGGGGACAGAAGUCCUAGGUCUCUAUGAAUUCUGAAAUGAGACCCCCCUCCAUGAAGGACAUCACUCUGAUCACUGCCUUCCCCCGAGUCCUGCACAUCUGGCACACACUGCUGCCAGCACACUGUCCCCACCUUACUGAGGUCCCCCUGUGUCCUCUCCCCACCCUAGACAGUUCAGGUCACACCCUUAGUGGCUAAGAAGGCAUCUGGGGACAGCAGGUGGCCCAGACUGUGAGAGCUGCCUGGGAAGGCCCCACUUGGCCUGUGCCUAGCCAUGCCCUCCAAGACCAGAAGCCCGGCCAGCCACCCCAGAGAAGCUCCUCGGGCCCCAGGACCACGUGAAUCUCCUGCUCCCGGUUCUUGCACUAACGGGGUGAGGGCGGGGCUGGGCCUCUCUUACCAGACCCUGCCGGCCCCUCAGCCUCGCCGAGUGCUGCUGAAGGUGGACACUCCACCCAGUCAGGCCCUGGGACCCAGCUCUGAGAGCUGACUUUCUCUUCUUUUUUGCCGCUUAGCUAUCCUGGCACCUUCCCAGGGUCCUCUCUGGGCUUUCCCAAAGCAAACCCCCAAAUAUCUGCUGUGUCACAGCCCCCCCCAGCCAGGGAGGGGGCCAAAAGCUGGGUCCAUGCUGAAACCCCAUCCCCUCUUGGUCCAGCUCCUCCCAGCUGGCCUGGUACAAGAUAGGAGAUGUUUCAGGAUGCCCAACCUGCCCCUCCCGUUAGACGUGCCGAGGCCUGGGGUGCCAGCCCUGGGCUGUCUAGAUUCUCGCAGGCUCCCACGCACAGCCGACAAUUCCGAGGGGAAGCCUGAGGCCAGGCUCACCCUCACAGCAUCUAAGUAGGCAGAACAACCUCAGCGGCCUCAGCGCUGACGAGUACGUAUUGUGGCAUUUAGGGCAGGUCUAAAGUUAAAAAUAAAAAAGCCCACGACACUUCUCUGGUUAAGUGGUUUACCCUUCGUGGUAAUUAGAUGUAGUGAUUGGAAUCUCUUUUCUAUUACAUGGCAAUUUUCCUUUAAAUUUCCCCUAAAAAAAAAAAAAAAAAAAAAAAAGGAAAGAAAAGGCAAGGAAGGAGAGAGAAGAGAGAAGGCAGCAGCAGGCCGGGAGGCAUUUGCAUUUUUCGAAUGAGGCCUCUUGUAAGCUCAGCUCAGGCGUGGGGCCCAACGUAUGGAAUGCUUAAGAGAUUACUAAAAAUAAAAUCUAUUAAUUAGUCAUACUCAAUUCCGCAGACAUGAUGUGCAUCAAAAGCUCCUUUUCUUCCCUUUUCUCCUUCCCCGUUCCCUCGGCCUCCUGCCGCAGCCUCCAUCUUCUCUAAAUGGGCUGGAGUGUGCUAGACCACCUCCAUGCUAAACUGGUGCACAUGGUGGCCAGGGGCCUCCCCAGCUCAGGGCUGGGAUGUGGGUCUGGAGCCAAGAGCUGAGGCACUGCACCUUCUUCGCUCUGGGUGAUGCUGACAGGGGAGGGGACAGCCCCUGAAGAUGGCAGCAGCUGGGAGGGGCCCAACCUGACUCUCCCAAAGCCCACACCUGCUGUGUGCCUCUUCUCCCUCCCUCCAUGCAGGUACCAGGUCUCCUCCUUCCCCUGGGGGUCCAGGAAGAGGGGCUGGGCACAGUGGCUCACGCCUAUGAUCCCAGCACCUUGGGAGGCAGAGGCCAGCAGAUCACUGGAGGUCAAGAGUUCGAGACCAGCCUGGCCAACGUGGCGAAAUCACUUCUCUACUAAAAAUACAAAAUUAGCUGGGUGUGAUGGCGCAUGCCUGUAAUCCUAGCUACUAGGGAGGCUGAGGCAGGAGAAUCACUUGAAACCAGGAGGCGGAGGUUGCAGUAAGCAGAGAUUGUGCCACUGCACUCUAGCCUGGGUGACAGAGCAAGACUGCAUCUCAGAAAAAACAAAACAAAACAAAACAGGAAAAGAGCCGAGGAGGGUGUCAGGGAGAUGUUUCUAGAGAGGUGCAGGGAAAGUGGGUUUGGCAAGAAUACAGCCUCUGUUUCUCCUUCUGUAAAAUGGGGGUGUACUGGGGCGGGGUCCAGCUUCUCUCAGGAAACUGGGGCUCCAGAGGCCAACAGGGGGCACCUCCCCUCCACUGGUGCUGAAAAGUUCUUGUUGGCCUAAGUCAGGUGAGGGGUCCCAGCAGGGUAGGAGGGGCUGGUCAGAGACUGAGCAGGGGACAGGCCGGGCACCCAAGGCUGCCCCUGAAUCUGUGCCUUCCUCCUCCACCCCCGCUCCCCGGGAGCCAGGAGAGAAGGAGAAAGAGCAGACCCUCCCCCUCAAAAAUGGCAGCUCGAAUCCCAAAGCCAGCCCUCUUCAGAAACCUGCUUCCUGUCGAACGAACGUGCCAGAGAGGAGACUGGGGCUUCUGAGCCUCACACUUAUGAAAAAUAUAAGGAGAACUGGAUGUGGCAGAGAGGGAGCAAGGGGGCGGGGAGGGCAACGGGAAGAGCGGGGACAGUGCUGGCAGGAGGGGCCAGGUGCAGAGACCUGUGCCUCGAAGGGCCAGACCUUGCUCUCAGGGCCAGGACGCAGCCAGGGUCAGCAGCCGGCGUCCACGUACCUCCUCAUACUCGAUCGCGCAGGUGACGGCGGCUGCUGCCUGCCCCUGGAUGGGUGCCAGGGCGAGCACUCACACGCGAUUCUCAGCCCCAAGUCAGCCUUCCCAAGCGCAGAGGGGAGGCAUUUUUUUUUUCUUUAGGGAUAAGAAGGCUCAAAAACGUAAAUCAUUACCGUUUACAACCAAGCAAGUCUGUGAAACUGAUUAGGAGAAAUUAAACUCCUUGGAGGUGAAGGGAAAGAGGGAUUUUCCGAGGUAUAUGGACCCGCCCCAAGUGGCUAUCUGCAUGAAAGGAGCUUUCUGGGCCUCGAGGUGGGGGGCCGAGAUGGGGGUGCCUGCCCCGGCUUGGCUCCCCGGGGAGCCAGGGUCUCUGAAGGCCAACACCAAAUGGGCCAGAGCACUCAGGCUUGAGUCUCCAACACUGCCCUAGGGAAAAAGGCUCUGGCCUCUGGGACAAGUGGCCCAUCCAAUCCUCAGAGAGCAAGACUCUAGAGCUGUGGGCUUUUCUGCUUCCUUUCUGUUCUGGGUGGGUCUGUCUCCAAUCCAUUCCUUGUGGCCGGUGAAAGGAGAGUGGGUAAAAGGAAAACUGGAGGUCAGGGAAGAGAAACUUGAGCCUGGCAAAGGAAGCAGGCAGUGAGCUCUCCGUCACUGGGAGCAUUCAAGCACUAGAUGGGCAGAUAUUUUCCUGGCAAGGAUAUUUUCCUGCUUUGACUAGAAGAUCCUGGCUCCCACCCUUGCUUUCCCAUCCCCCAGGACCCUGAAAGGGAGCAUAUAUCAAGAGAUCUUCACUGUGUGGCUCAAAAUCACUGGUGUCCCCUGAAAACCCCAAGUCAGGGGGUCCUGUAGCCAGAGCAGCCCGCCACAGAGCCGCUUGUGCCACCAGAGAGGCCGCAAAAUACCCAUCCUCAGUGUGCAGGAGGCACCAAGAAAGUACAGACAUGCGCCACCCCCUUUCCAGAGUCUAAACUCAGCACCUAUGGCUCACCGGAGGGGAGGCGCCGAUGAGAGCGCCUCCUGGGCCCUGUGGCUCCGAAGCCUGACCGUGUCCAGGCCUGUCUCUCAAGCCAGGGCCACCCCACAUGCAAUCUAGCAUGUCCCACGUGCAGUCCAGCAUGCUGGAUGCUGCUCCAUGCAUCCAUCACGCAGGCGGACAGCGCCUGGGGCACUUUUCACUCUGGUUGUGAGCGUUUACUGUUUCUUUUGAAAUGUUCCAAGUAGGUGCCUGAAAUACUCAUGUUUGCUUGUUUUUAAAAACUCACAAAAAGAUUCUGUUUGCUCUCCAUCCCCUCCCUUGGAAUUUUCAAUCUGUGGUUUUUCCCUGGUUUUGGAAAUUCCAAAGUGGGGCCAGGCCCCCUUUCUCACCACAGACAGAUUUGUGGUUGUGCCUGGAGACCCCCAGAGCCACAGAGCAAAGCCUGGUCUUUUCUCCACGUCUCCCUCGGAGACUGGGACAGCUCCAGCUUCUGGCACCUGCUGGAGACCCUGACCAGGGCAUGGCUGAGACCAUUGUCACUGUCCCCUUCCACCCCUUGUCACUGAAAUGCCUGACCUGUGCCAGGAGAGAGUGUGGGCAUGCUGAGGGCAUAGGGCACCCUGUGGGUGGAAUGACCGCCCCCACAUCCUAACAAAGACAGCCCCUAAACCACUGUGGUCAUCAAAUCACAGUGCCCUGGCCCGCGGCCUCUCCACAGCUGCAAGCCCAAAGCUAAGCCCAGAGAGUCCUCGAAGGAAGGUGUUUACUGCCACCAGCCCCAAAUCUCAUCAAGGCAGAUGGUCAGAGUCAGUGCCCUGCCCUUCCCAGGGCCACCAAGGCCCAGCACAGCGCCUGGCACACAGGGGCACUCAAUCCUUUCUCCACAACAAUGGAACGAGGCCACUUCCUCCUCUCACUUCCUCCCCACUUGCCGUCUGCCCACUCAGUGAGGAUGGCCCAGCCAUGGGAGUCGGCAACAAAUGGCUUCUCUUGUCCUGCACCUGCCCCGCCGGCGGCUGGCACGGGGAGGGGCUCAUCUUGGCAGCUUCACCUCUCGGAAGCACUCCGAUCCGAUCUGCUCUGCCUCAGAUCCAUGCAACGCCAGCUGUGAGCCAGAUGGAGAAACGCAGCCACUCUGCGAGAUCCGGUGGCUGCCUCCACCUGCAUGAGUGACUCAGUUUCCCUUCUCCAAGACCUGCCAAGAGUGGAUGACAAGGGGGAGAGACCUGGGGGAGGGGCCCACAGAGCCACUGCAAGAAAGCCGGAUCCCAGGCGACGCCCGCUGCCUUGCCUGCAGCCCCCGCAGAGUCCCUGCACCCACCUGGAGGAACUAACCAGGCUUCCUCUUUAGACAGGAAAAAAUAAAUGCACCACAGUCCGACAAUCAAAGCCACAGACGCGGGGCGCCACCCGCUCAUCUCCCUGGAGCCUCUCUCACCUUCCCCGUAUGGAACGCAGGCUUGCACUGUUCUGAGCCCACCCACCUAGAACCAUUUUCAAAAGUUCAGAGUACGUGGGUGACAGGACACCCACCCAAAAACCCUGAAACUAGCCUUAGACUGUUUAUCCCCAACCCAAAGUACCUCCACACCGCCAGCAGCCCACUGGACACCCAAGGCGAGCCACUAGGGACUUCACGGGACCCUGCCUGGUGCCUUCCAGCUCAUAGGAGAGGCUGAGAGCUGCAGGGAGGAAGCCACACAGAGCAGCGUUCAGGGCUUGUCAUCUGAGAGGAAGAGGAGUGGGGAGAGAGAGGCCGGAGGGUGGUGGGUGCCGGGCGUCUCAAGCUAGCCAGAGCGAGGGGUGCCUGUGGGAUUCUGCUGAUGGGAGCCACUGAGGCAAGUGUGAACAGGGAGCUUAUCUAAAAGAACCCGCACCCCUGCAACAACCACAGAGGAAGUGUAAGAGCCAGCAACACUCAUUCCCUUUCCGGAUGUUAACAGGUUAUUUGUAUCUUGUGUGGUGUCAUAAAGCAUUCUGGAGUAGCACACGGUGUCAUCCCCUUCCCGGUGGUCUGAAGUGUAGGAGGAGGCCAGGGAGGGGUCCCUAGAGAAUGGGGUUCGUCCUUCUGUUCUGUAGAAGGCAGGAAGCCCGCCAGCUAAUAGCACGGGUCAGAGGCGCAGGCCUGAUCUCACCCAAGACUGUGACCGAGGUCCUGUCUGAUGUCCAAGGGGCCCCUCGCUGGCACCCCCAAUUCCCAAGUCCCCCAGCCUUCCUCACCGGCAGAAUCAGCGCCCAGGUGCAGCGCUCUCUUUCCUUCUUCUUGGAAGUGGUCUCAGGGGCCUGAGUGACAGGCCUGAUCACCCUGCCCCUGCCCACUGCCCCAUGACCAGAUGGCUGACCCGGCCUGGCUCCUCAGCUCCCCAGGGCCCAGGCCAGCCCGGCCUCACACCCACCUGCCUUGCUCCCAACCUCACCACCAGGCAGGGGUUUCUAGAAAACUGAGACACACAAACACCCACCACGACAACGACACAAACCAAAGUGCACUGCGAACCGCCCUUUGGCCUCCUUCUUGUAGGUGCCUUGAAAUUUCAAUGUUGAGAUGAAUGUGAUUAACUACUUGGUCCUAUUUUCUGUUUGUCUGUUUUCAUAUAAAAUGUCCAAGUCCACUUGCCUUGUUCUUUCUUGAAAUAAAUAGAAAGAUUUAACUUUUA